CAUCUCCGUACUCAUUCAUUCACCUUCUAAACAAGAACCUUCAACCGAGCUCUUUCUUGUUCAUCAAUGGCUUCCAUGACUACCACCACCUUCACCUCAUCUCUCUCCAACAAGACCUCCUAUCAAUCAUCCUUCCAUGGGGUUUCUCCGACGCGGAUCCAAUCCAUCGUCGUUAAAUCAAACCAAAACAAGAACACGCCUAUCACCAUGUCUUACGACCUCGGUCAAUUCACCUUUCAACCGAUCAAGGAGGCCAUCGUGUCUCGUGAAAUGACCAGGAGGUACAUGACUGAUAUGAUCACCUACGCCGAUACGGAUGUGGUCGUUGUUGGUGCUGGCUCCGCUGGUCUCUCCUGCGCUUACGAGCUUAGCAAGAACCCUAACGUUCAGGUAGCCAUCAUUGAGCAAUCUGUGAGCCCUGGUGGCGGAGCAUGGCUGGGAGGACAACUCUUCUCCGCCAUGGUUGUCCGCAAACCCGCACACCACUUCCUUGACGAGCUUGAGAUCGAGUACGACGAGCAAGAAGACUACGUGGUCAUCAAACACGCUGCUCUGUUCACAUCGACCAUCAUGAGCAAGCUUUUGGCGAGGCCAAACGUGAAGCUCUUCAAUGCGGUUGCUGCGGAGGAUUUGAUCAUCAAAGAAGGGAGAGUUGGUGGUGUUGUAACCAACUGGGCUUUGGUGUCGAUGAACCAUGACACACAGUCAUGCAUGGACCCUAACGUCAUGGAGGCUAAGGUGGUUGUUAGCUCAUGUGGUCAUGAUGGUCCCAUGGGUGCCACCGGGGUCAAGCGCCUCAGGAGCGUUGGGAUGAUUGAAAGCGUUCCCGGGAUGAAAGCUCUCGACAUGAACACUGCUGAAGACGCAAUCGUGAAGCUCACAAGAGAGAUUGUUCCGGGUAUGAUCGUUACCGGAAUGGAAGUUGCAGAGAUUGAUGGAUCUCCUAGAAUGGGGCCAACAUUUGGGGCUAUGAUGAUAUCUGGACAGAAAGCGGCUCAUCUGGCAUUGAAGGCCCUCGGGCUGCCGAAUGCAUUGGAUGGGACAAGCGUUCACCCUGAGCUGAUCCUUGCGGCUGCUGAUUCUGGCGAGACCGUUGAUGCCUAAAUGAAGUAGUAUGAAAUCUGCGAUUGAAUAAAUGAACCAACACGAAUGUCGUCGUUUCAUUGCUAGUCGGUUGUUGAGAGACUUGUGUUUUCAUGUGAUUGUGAAUUGUCUGUUUUCUGUUAUGUUCCUGUUGGUGCCUAGAAUUUAGAUGGCCAGUAAGAUCGGUCAUAUGAUAUGAUGUCAUUGAAGCAUUCCAAGUUACAAGUUAUGUACGUUCGAUCUUAAUUUGUAAGACUGAAAUAUAUUGUCUGUUUACUGGAA